AUGAUACCCCGGACUGCCCUAUCGGCGCUUCUCUACGCAAGCACCGCCUUUGCUGUGUGCACCAAGCUCGAAGACUGCCCACAGUUUGAGUCCCUCAAGACGGACGAAUGCCAGACCUUCCACCACUUCCUCGCACGCGGCUCUACCUCUCCCUACCCGGGCCACGUCAUCGAGACGGUCGGCAAGGUCUGCAAUGCCCUCAACACCAAGGAGAACCCAAAGGCAUGCGGCUAUGAGGAUGUGCAGUACUGGGCCAUGAACGGUGGAGAGAAGUGGUGCAUAUCAUCGCACGAGGGUGCCGUGAACGGCGCCGAGCAGAUGAGAAACUACACCCAGAGGUGUCCAGACAGCCACCUGAUUGUCAUGGGAUUCAGUCAGGGGGGUUCCGUCAUGCUCGAUGUCCUUGGUGGCGGUGGCGGUCCACUCUGGGGGUGCGAGCAAAAGUCGAAUCCAAGCAUGAACAUCACCAGUCCUCCAGGCUCAAAGAUCGCAGCUGCACUCGUCUUUGGUCCCACACGGCGCUCUGCGAACCAGUCUUACACCCGCGGCGGCGGCGAAAUUUCAGAUGGCAGUGCUCCUCGAACAGCGGAACAGCUUGCAGGACUCCAACCCUAUGCUGAUGCCGGUAUCCUUCGUGAAUACUGUCAACCAGGCGACCCCAUCUGCGCUCCUCACACCGAUAACAAAGACAUGUCCAAGCACCUGAACUAUUUCGAACGCUACAGCGACGAGGCAGCCGAAUGGGUCAUUGAUCUCGCUAGGAAGGCCGAAUCUGGCGACAGGACAUCGGAUGCGAAGAGCAUGCUGCACCAGACCAUUUCGCAUCCCAUUGCGAAUGUCUUCAUCGUUAUUUUCGUGCUGUUCCUCAUGUAUUUUGCCGUCAGGAAAUUCGCUGUCUGGAAGACGACUCGCUCUCCUAUGUAUUCACGUGUCGACACUACCGAAUCUGUUUAG